AUGAACGAAAAUUUAUUCGCCUCAUUCAUUAUCCCAACAAUCGUAGGAAUUCCCAUCGUAAUUUUUAUCAUUAUAUUCCCAAGUAUUUUCUUACAUAACCCUUAUCGCCUCAUCGGAAACCGAUUAAUAUCCUUACAACAAUGAUUUAUUAAAUUAGUACUUAAACAAAUGAUAGCAAUUCAUAAUAUCAAAGGACGAACCUGAUCACUUAUAUUAAUAUCACUAAUUCUAUUUAUUGGCUCUACAAAUCUUCUAGGUCUUUUACCUCACUCAUUUACUCCCACCACUCAACUAUCUAUAAAUCUAGGCAUAGCUAUUCCUCUAUGAGCAGCUGCAGUAAUUACAGGCUUUCGCCACAAAAUAAAAGCAUCCCUAGCCCACUUCUUACCUCAAGGUACACCCAUUCCUCUUAUCCCUAUACUAAUUAUCAUUGAAACCAUUAGCCUUUUUAUUCAACCUAUAGCAUUAGCCGUUCGACUAACAGCCAAUAUCACAGCAGGUCACCUGCUAAUUCACCUAAUUGGUGGAGCUACAAUAGUAUUAACUUCAAUCAGCCCAACUGUCUCCUCAAUCACGUUCACCAUUUUAAUUCUUCUCACAAUCCUUGAAUUUGCUGUUGCCCUUAUCCAAGCAUAUGUUUUUACCCUAUUAGUAAGUCUUUAUUUACAUGAUAAUACCUAA